CCAGCAACAACACAACGACGCCCGUACGCCACUCAAUCCGUUCGGAAUUUACUUAUAUACCUAGCUGGUCGGACACGCCGUCCGAGGGAACCAUCGGUUCUCUCCUCAUGCCUCCUUCACUUGGUUCAUCCAAGAUGUUCCAUACCUUCCAAGGCCUUGCGCCACCUCGGCCUCUUGCUGAACACAAUCAAGAAGCCCCCAAACCAACUACAAACGGAGUCUCGAAAAGAAUUACGACCCCGCAUGCCUGCGCCGAGUGCAAACGACGCAAGAUCCGAUGUGACGGACGACAACCCUGCGGCCAAUGUCUAGGUUGCAGAUCGCCAAAGCCAUGUUACUAUGACAAGCACAGACAACGAGUCAUCCCAUCUCGAAAAACUCUGGAUGCGCUGUCUCAAUCGCUUGAAGAGUGCAGGUCCAUCCUCAAGCGUUUAUAUCCCACGCGGGACGCCCAGUCACUAUUGCCAUUGUCACGAUCAGAGCUCAUCUCACUUCUCGAUCGAACUGGUCCGCAUAGCAAUCCAUCCCAGAGAUCGCCCCCGGGGUCAAAUCCAUCUCCAAGCUCACAGGAGUUCCAAUCCCCUAUUGCAACAACUAUAACAGAUGACGACCGAAGCUUGGCGCAUCUUGAGCAGAUACCCAGCCGAGAUACAGAAUGGGAUGAAGAUCGACGGGGCCGAGAUCCUAUACCAGCAGAAGCAGAUGAUGUGAAUGCUCUCUCCCUGUCUGUCGACCGGCAGACGUCGUACCUUGGAGCCACCUCGAUCAAAGCCGCAUUCCUCGUCAUGCUUAAAGUCGCACCUGUCUUACGUUCUUUCCUUGCUCCGAACAAUUCAAAUAAGCAAAUAUCAAGCGCUAGCAAUUAUCCAACACCACGGCCUGGAAGCUCGGUGCAAAAAGUUCAUUCUUCUAUUCUCUGGUCUUCGGAAGGUCAAACUUUGAUCGAUGCCUACUUCAACCGAGUUCAAAUAUUCAUCCCAAUGCUGGAUGAGCCUUCCUUUAGAGCGGAUUAUCUUGCUGGAAGGCGUAAUGACUCUCCAUGGCUAGCACUCCUGAAUAUGGUUUUUGUCAUGGGCAGCAUUGUCGCAACCAAGUCGGAUGAGCACAACCACAUCACAUUUUACAAUCGUGCCAAAGAACAUUUGGGAAUCGACACAUUCGGCAGUGGUCAUCUGGAAACUUUACAAGCUUUGGCCCUCAUGGGUGGUUUCUACCUUCACUACAUAAACAGACCAAAUAUGGCAAACGCUAUAUCUGGAGCUGCUCUCAGGAUGGCUUGUGCUCUGGGUCUACACCGCGAAAGCCCGCCUGAGCCAGGAAACGCAAAUGCAAUUAUGAUCGAGCAGAGACGGAGGACAUGGUGGAGUCUAUUCUGCCUCGAUACUUGGGCCUCUACUACUCUAGGACGUCCUUCUAUGGGCCGUUGGGGUCCAGGAAUCACUAUCAACCCUCCUGAAGGAGGACUUGACCCUAACGUGAUUGGCCAGCACACGGGCAUUCUUCCUCUAAUUGAGAACAUCAAAUUCUGUAAAAUUGCGACUCAAAUCCAGGACGUCCUCGCCCAGUCACCACUCAUGCGACCCGAGGACCGCCAGAACCUUGACCGUCAGCUGGUCGAAUGGCACGACAGCCUCCCCUGGAUCCUUCGCUCGACGGAACCUUGCCCGGAAUCUAUUUAUACCGCCCGCUGCAUUAUGAAGUGGCGUUAUCAAAAUCUCCGUAUAGUGCUGUACCGGCCCGUCCUUCUCAACCUCGCGAACCGAGGCAGCGAAGGCGUUGUCGCCACGCAGGAAGAGCUUGAAGCCAUCUCGAAGUGCCGCGCAGUGGCGAAGCAGACCAUCGAAGAUAUUGCGCGGGAGUGGACCCCAAACCAGAUGCUGGGCUGGAACGGCGUAUGGUUCAUGUACCAGGCGUCUAUGAUUCCGCUUGUUACCAUGUUUUGGGAGUCGUGGAACACGGAACAGGUCCGUGACUGCCAGGCUCAGAUCGAGGUUGUGCUUGAGGCUUUCGAGGGCCUGGCUGAUUGGAGCUUGGCUGCUCGACGGAGCAGGGAGGUACUGAUCAAGAUGUACGAGGCCAGCAAACGACCCUUGACGCGACAGACCAGCCCACGAUUAGGACCCAUGAUGGUUAAUGGGAACGGCAACGUGCCUGGGAUCAUGCUGACGAAUGGAGUCAACGGAACGCAUGGAAUGAACGGCAACGGGAUGGUGAUGAUGAACGGUAUGAACGGCCACAUGAUGGAAACGAACGAAAUGCAACCGAUGGAGAUGAUUGGCGAAGACGGCAUGCUUAUUAUGGAUCACGGUGGCGUCUGGGACCUGGAUGGGAUGCUGUGGGCCAAUUUGCCAGACGGACUUGAUAUGCCCUAUGACGGACUCCCGAUGGACUAUGAUGACGGCAUGAUUGGCUAUGAAGGGAACUACAUGAUGCAUCAAUGAUCAGAAGAUCUUCUUUUUGUAUACGGCGUACUGAGGGCAUUCUAAGAAAGAGGUCUGAUGGAAGUUUCUGAAAUCUAGGUGGCUGGUUGGUUUUGGAAAGGCGUUGGUACUACCCCAUUUGACUUCAUUCAGCACCUGCACAGUACAUUUUGUCCGGUCUCAAAAUACACCAUUUAUUCUAGCAUAUACCUACCUUACAUUCACCACUAUACAAUGAACAGAUUGAUACCCC